CAAUCACUAACCACAGCAGUAAGCCACUGUUUACAACAGGGGUGUCAAACUCACCUUGUCACGGUGUCAUGUGAUGUAUCAGACUCCCCCCCCCCUUCGCUAAACAGCCAUUGGUGUAGCCAGUGCAUGAUACAUCCAGUCUCCGGGCUGGGAGUUUAACAGCCUUAAUUUACAACAUAGUACUACUGUCUUGAUGUGUGCAUUCACACUAAGAAAAAAAUAUCUAACCAAAUCUUGGCUCUGCUGCAAUAUAACAUCUGCACUAUAGAAGAACAUCCUGAAUCCAAAUCACUGAGGAUUUUUAUGUAAUGAAGGAAAGUUAAAUUACUAAGUAUGUACUAGUGGUUUUGUAUCAAGCCAUUUCCAAAACUAUUUUUUGUCAGCAAGAAAAGUAAAAAUUGACAACUUCUCUAGACAUGUAAUUCCCUUAGCUGAGGAAUUCUGGGAGUUGAAAUUACCAAAUUUGAAAAACACUGGGUUAGUCUUAAUUGGCUUUUGGGCUGCGGCUGAUAAUUACCAUCUCUCAGGAUAUACUGUAGCUUGUGGAAAUGGUUUUUGAUUAUUCAAAUGUAAAACUGCAGAGUAUUAUUGUUUUAAAGUCUACUAAACCAUGAAAUAAAAGAAAGUGCAAUAUCUCAGAUCUCAGAAGCAAGUAAUUUUUCCAGUCUAACCAAUUGGCAUUCAGUCUGAAACAUACUUCUUUUUAAAGCUGAAUUAAAAGGGCAGGGCCUAAUUGAAAAGGGGAAACUGAUUUAAAUUGCUGGAAUUACAACCAUAUUUUUGUUUCAGUUGUGAUCUAUAAAAUUGUUUUACCCACUAUACUUUGGUCAGAUAGAUUUGUAUGUUUAACAACAACAAAAAUGAAUACAAAUAACGUGUAGCUCCAUUGAAACCCUUUGAUGGGUCAGAACUCUUAACAAAGAAAUCUAUUAGGGUGUCCUGUCCAUCUUGUAACAAAUAUAAGCUCAUUAGUAACAUUUGAAUAUUUGCACAACAAAGUUAAUUUUUAAAGCAGUUCCAUUCAAUAUGUUUAAUGUGAAAACUUGCUAGGAAGUUAAACAAUCCAUAAUUGUUUGUUUAAAAAGAUGGAUCAAACUAGGUUUUUUUAAUAAAUAGAAAAAUCUUCACUUCAAUUACAUUGUUGCUAGGGGAAAAUAUUACACUGGAGAAGAUGAAGAGGUGAUCUGUCCCCUGCUGAUCAAAACGGUUACAGGUGCUCUGGUGAACUGAACUGAACUGAACUGUAUGCCCGGAAAAAAGGAGAAGAGAGCAAAUAAAGAGGAAGCAGCAACAGGUCUUGCAAAUAUUAACAAACCACAAAAGUAACAGCUUUGGGCUAUUUUCAUCUGAUUCUGGUCUGCUUGUUGAAAAGUUUCGUUUAAAAAAUCCAGAGACUAUAAAGCAACUUUUUUAAUGCCUCGCAAGCCUACUUUAAAGGCCUAUCUUUGUUUACUUAAAAGCAUUGGCGGGGCCAUCAAGCUACAGUAGCACCAAUCUUUGCUAACAGAAAGGAGGAAAAACUAAAGAUAGCAAUUAAAGUUCCACCUCAGUUAUAUGUUUCAUCCUUUAAAACAUUUGGUUAAUGAUUACACUGGAAGCCUGCAGCACAUACCUAUUAAAGCAAUUGUGCUGACACAUUUUGAGAGUCAGACUGCCUUGGUUAUUACAUUUCUUAUAACGCCAAUGGCAGCAACUGCCUGGAGUUCAGAAAAGGAUGGAGAAUCCAUUGAAAGUAAUAAAAACAGCAAAGGUCCCGAAAGCACAGCAGUUCCUGAUGGAGGAUGGGGCUGGCUGAUUGUUCUCAACUUUUUUCUUGUAAAUGUAUUUGUGAUUGGAACACUGAAAAACUUUGCCAUUUUCUUUGUGGCUUUUCAAGAAGACAUUGGUGGCUCUUCUGAACAUGUCAGCUGGAUUGGUUCCAUUAUGUCCUCACUUCGAUUCCUAGCAGCACCUCUGGUAACUACAGUGUGUGAAAUGCUAGGAGAACGGAAAACUUCCUUGUUAGGGGCUCUGCUGGUUGGUGCUGGUUUUCUUGUUAGCACACUGGCCACAAGCAUUCCUUUUCUUUGGGUCUCUAUGGGACUCCUAACAGGGCUGGGUUUUUGUCUGCUAUAUCAGAUAGCUGCUGUCAUGGUAGUUAAGUAUUUCAGGAGAUACCUGGCUCUAGCCAAUGCAAUUGGUCGCUCGGGAAUGGGGCUGAGUGUUGUGCUAACACCCCUUGUCCAAUUCCUGAUAGAAAUGUACGGUUGGCAAGGGUUCUUAUUGAUAUAUGGCGGCAUCAUGUUGAACCUUAUACCUUCUAGCCUGCUACUACGGCCAGUUUAUAAGAAAAAGACUAGAGACAUAGAUCCUAAAAGUGAAGGCCAAAUAGUUACAAUAAUUAUGUUUCCAGAGAUUUCCAGAGGCAGUGUAGAUAAAAUCUGCACCAGAGAAUUGAACAUUCUGGAUCCUCCCAAUCAAGAAUGUGCUAAAUCAGACAACCUACAACAGUCUCAUAAUUUAGCCCCAAUUAACUACAAGUUUUCUGAAACGUCACAGAAAAACAGUUGUGUGGACGCCUACAAGAAUGAUAACCAAACUGGUGAUCAAAGUUGCAUCCAAUCAAAUGAGGAAGGAAAAUCUAGGGUGCAGCCUUUUAUCCAGAAGCAAUGCCAUCUUGUUGUUUGUCACCUAAAGAAUCCCUUCUUCUUUAUUUUCACUUGGUCUUUUCUCUUCAGUCAGCUUGCCUAUUUUAUCCCAACUUUCCACCUUGCAGCCAGAGCCAAAACAUUGGGUAUUGACCCAAUGGAUACUGCUUACAUCAUAUUAGUAGCUGGGUUAGUAGAGACAGUCAGUUUACUGGUCUCUGGCUGGAUUGCUAAUCAAAACUGGACUAAGACAUAUCAUUACCAUAAAACAUACCUCAUUCUUUGUGGGCUCACUAAUUUGCUGUGUCCUCUGGCUACCACCUUCCCAUUACUUAUGAGUUACUCUGUAACUUUUGCCAUUUUCAGUGGUGGAUAUCUUGCACUGCUGUUUCCUGUGCUGGUAGAUCUUGUAGGCGCAGCCAGAUUUCACAGUGCCUUGGGAGUUGCCUCAUUCAUUGCUGGGUUUGGAGUUAUUGUUGGACCUCCUAUAGCAGGUUGGCUGUAUGAUUACACCCAGACAUAUGCAUGGUCCUUCAUUUUGACUGGUAUAUGUUUCCUUGUUUCAUCCAUUUCAUUAUUCUUGGAACCUUUAGCCCAAAAAUGGAGACAAGAAAGUUGAAUCCACUGUAUAAGCAGAUAAGAUUCUGCAAUUCUCCAAAGGCCGGUCUUGUAGAAGUCAUAAAUUUUCAACAAUAAACUAAUUAUGGGACAGUGACUACAAUGUGUCUUUCAAAAAUAUUAAUAUUCUGCAUAACUAUAACUGUAAUGCUGUAACUAUAUAAUUUCUGUAUUGUUGCAUGUGGUCAAAUAGAAGCUGCUCAGCUAUUUGUUA